AUGGAGGCGGCCGCCAGCGUGGUACAGAUGACUGGAGGCGGCGGACGGGUGGGGAUGAACACGGACAUGUUCCUGUUGCCGUCCCACGGCCCGUUCACUUCGCCGCCGGGUGUGAUUAUCACGACGGGAUCACCGAACACCGGUGUCCACCAGUAUGCCGCGGCCACGCUCACCUUGUUGCGGCGCGACGCUUGGGUGCUGCCGGUGCUCAUACUGUCGGUGCUCACCAUGACGCUGAUAAUGACUUUCGAGGUGUUCGUGCUGUGCAAGACGAGAAAAACGGAGCCCAGCCGGAGACAUCUGUUCCUAGGACAGGCUUUGCUGGGCGGGCUGUUCGUGUGCGCGGCAGUCAGCGGGCUCAUGUGCACACAGCCAACUGUGCUGACGUGCGCAACCGUCAGGCUGUGCACCGGGCUCGGGUACUCGAUGGUGUUCGGCACGUUGCUAGUCAAGUGUGUGUUCCUCAUCAGCCUCAAUGGCGGCGUCUACUUGCCCGCACCGUACCAGGCGCUAUUGCUGUUCUUCACCGUGGCCAUACAGCUGGCCAUCGGCGUCCAAUGGCUCAUCUACACACCUCCGCAACUCCUAUCGUCCCAGUGGACGAGCAGCCUGGACAACAGCUGUGACACCAAGUACCAGCACAUGCUCGGCUCACUGGUGUACGCGGCCGGCCUGCUGUUGGCCGUCACCGUGUUGGCCAUCAAGUCGCGGCACAUACGGGACAACUACCGCGAGGCGAUGUACAUCGGGCUGGCCGUCGGCUGCACGGCGCCGCUGUGCGUUGGCUGGGCCGUGGCCGGGCUGUGGGCUACGCAACCAGGUGACCAGGACGGGUGUCUGGCGCUGGGCCUGGGCGCCACGGCAGCGCUAGUGCUACUCGUCAUGUUCAUGCCCAAAGGCCGACAGCUGGCCGCCAUGGGCCGGGACGGCCUGUACGACGAGGACAAGCUCAGCACGCUCAGCAGGCCUGCGUCCCCGUCUUUCUUCCACUUCAAACCGUUCAUGACGCCAAUGAAGCACACGUCGACGAUCAAUACGUUCGGAGACCGAGUGGCGCUCGUAGCCCCGCCGACGUACGCUCACCACUAUUACCCGUACUGUUAUUAUCCGCACCACGGACUCGGCGGUGGUGGUGGAGGCGGUGGUGGAGGAUUGAUAGGUGGCGGAGGUGGUCACCAUGGAGGUCACAUGCAGCAGCCCAUUUACUCGAGAUGUCCACCCGAUAUGUGCAAUUUCUCGGGAAUGGACAACAGCAUUUACACUACGAUGGAGCCGACCAUGUCCAACAACCCCAACGUGUUUUUUCACCGUUCCGGUAUCCACCCCGGAAUGAUGUACUGA